AUGGCCUCCCCCUGGAUCAUAGUCUUUGGGAUCCGAAAACCUCAAGUCGAUGCGGGGCAGCCAGGAAAAGUGAUCAUCCCUGUGCCAGCUUAUCUCAGCGACUCCCAGAACCAGGCCACCAAAGGUGUCGGGGUGAUUGCUGGCAUCACUGUGCUGAGGGGCUUCAAUGAGACGACGUCAGCAGCCCUGGCCUACAGCCUCCAUCACCCUGAUGGAGAGCACAAUGUCCUCAUCUUUAAUACGGGCCGUAGGGGCAUCAGCGUCUCCAUCUUCAUCAUAGAUGGGAAUGUUGUUGAGGUGAAAGCCAUGGUUGGGGACACUUACCUGGGAGGCGAUGACUUUGACAACCGUUUGGUGAGCAUCUUCAUGGAUGAAUUCUUAAAGAAGCAUCAAGAGAGCGUCAGGCAGGACAAACGAGCUGUUUGGAGGCUCAGGAAAGCCUGCAAGGUGGCCGAACAGACUCCCACCUCCAGCAUGAAAGUCACCAUCACCUUGGACUGCCUUAAAGGGGUCACCUUGCAGGCAGACAUUACCCAUGCCCAGUUUAAGGACCUGAGCACCAACUUCUUGGUUGGCAGAUACCAAGAAGGGGUGGCUGAACAAGGAGGAGACCCUGAAGGUAGCAGAGGACCAUGA